UUUGACAGUUCAGCCAUACGUAUCAUUUAAAAACAUAAACAUUGGUCGGUUGUUCUUGAUUAUUUUGGUUGCUUAUUUUGUCCAGUGCAACCGGAAAACAAUUGUGAUGAAAGCUGCGAUAUUUCGGAAUGCUAAUUGCCGUAAUUCUGUUUACGCAAGAAGUUCGAUAAAUCGUUUCCGCGUUCCCGAUGAAUUCGUAUUUUGGACAGUUGAAUUCGCAGAUUACAAACCAAUAUUUUAUGAAUCAGACGUUUUGAGUGGCAAACCGUGGGCUGAUCCGAAAACUGAUGACAAGAACUUCUUCCCCAAAUGGAAUCAACUUGAUGGAAAAGUAAGCCGAAUAUCGCAUUGCGGCGAAUAUAAAAUCGUUCAGGAUUAUCCUCAAAAUCCGUGUGGUCGCACUGGAAUCAUCGGACGUGGUCUGCUUGGACGCUGGGGACCUAAUCAUGCCGCUGACCCGAUUGUUACACGUUGGAAACGAGAUAAUACGGGGAAAAUACUAACAGAUGACCAAUCUGGAUCAAAAAUUCUUCAAAUGGUGGCAAUCGAACGCUUAGAUACGAAAGAGUGGGCGAUUCCAGGUGGUAUGGUCGAUCCGGGCGAAAAAGUUAGCGAAACUGUUAAACGAGAGUUUAUGGAAGAAGCUUUAAGCUCAACUGCCGACCUAUCGAAAAGUCUAACCGAAUUUUUCAACAACGGAACCGAGGUAUACUCAGGAUACGUUGACGAUCCACGAAACACAGAUAACGCAUGGAUGGAAACGGUUGCUUACAAUUUUCAUGAUGACAGCGGUGCAAUUGUUGGUGAUAUAAAUCUUUGUGCGGGAGAUGAUGCCGGUAAAGUUAAAUGGAUGGAUUUGAAUCGAAAUGUGGUUUUGUAUGCAAGUCAUAAGAAUAUUGUGGAAAUCGUUGUCACACAAUUAAACGCGUUUUGGUAAUGCAAAAAGAAUGAAAAA